GGCCGUAGUUUGCCCACGGCUGGCUAGCCCCUCAUUUCGGCUACUCGUGGCGCACCUUUGUCUCAUUUUCCCAAAACAUGACCACUAGCCUGGUCUCAGCUCCAAGGCAAGAACAUAACAGCUAAGAACCAUAAUAACCUAGGGCCUAGGAAAUUCUACCACCAUUUGAGUGAUGAAUGCAACAGUGAGUGCAUAAAACUUCCAUGUAUUUUCUAGCACCUGCAAACAUUUCUAAACCUUUCAACCAAAAUAUGUACCGAUGAAUGUGCAGACAGAGCAAAGACAUCAGGACAUUAUAUCUAAAAAUGAGUCAAGGUUAAAGGUGACAUCCUCCUUUUUUAAGCAUGUUGCUGUAUUCCAAGUACAUAUUCUAUGGAAGCCACCUGGAAGAUGUCGGCAGCCUAACAGUUCUCUGCUCUCUAGAAUUCCAAUACCGACUGGGACUUUCUCUCACCCUCCAAAUCAACUGUGAUAAAUAAUUAUCCUAAGCACCUGAAAGUGGAGAAGCGGUGAGGAUGAAGAGACAGGAAGAGUAAACUAAUACCAUAAAUUGCAUAUCAACAGAUCUUUGUAUCAUCAUGAAUAAUUAGUUAGUUUUUUCACGUGCCUUGGAAGUUUCAGCAAGCACCUAAGGAACAUUUUAAGAACCCGAUUCGCUUUAAAAAAAAAGGGGGGGGGAUUAUUUUAAGAUCAUUUCUCAAUUUCUCUUAGCCUUUCAGCUACAUAGCUGGUGCAUUCGUACAACAAUAACUUUAAGAGGUUUUUUUUUUUUAUAUAUUUUAUUGAUUUUUUUACAGAGAGGAAGGAAGAGGGAUAGAGAGUUAGAAACAUCGAUGAGAGAGAAACAUCGAUCAGCUGCCUCCUGCACACUCCCUACUGGGGAUGUGCCCGCAACCAAGGUACAUGCCCUUGACCGGAAUCGAACCUGGGACCCUUCAGUCCACAGGCCAACGCUCUAUCCGCUGAGCCAAACCGGUCAGGGCAAGAGGUUUUUAAAUAAAUGCCAGAAGAAAGGAAGAGGAAAGCAAAAAAACAAACAAACCAAAAAACCCCCAAAUAAAUCCGUGUCUAAUGAGGAUAAAAGUAGGAUGCUAUCAGCUGUUUGACAUCCAGCUGAUAAAAAUUAUCUUCAGCUAGGCAUCCUUGAGGUCUGAUUACAGAAGUGACCCUACCCGCCUACACACCUAAAAUUUAUUUAAGAGAUCAACCUAGGUUCUUCCUGGCUUUUAGGAAGAAGACUGGUAUGGCUGGGUUCCUUGCUAGUUCUUCCAAGCCAUGGCGCUUCCCAGCACGUUCUUUUUAUGGUUUGGCUGCCUUUCCUGGCUGUGUUUUCCUAGUAGCCUUGGUUCUCUGGCUUCUAGGGGAGAGGCUCAGAUUGCAGCCAGUGCUGAAUUGGAACCUGAGGCUGAGCCUUGGUCCUUGCUGCAGCCUCUAGAUGGGAGGGACAGAUCUGGCCUCCUUUCCCCUCUCUUCAAGGUUCUGUGUGAUGGGCAAGGUGGGGCCCCUAGGCUGCAGCCAGACUCCAGAGCUUUGCGCUACAUGAAGAGGCUCUAUAAGGCCUACGCCACCAAGGAGGGGAUCCCCAAAUCCAACAGAAGUCACCUCUACAACACCGUUCGGCUCUUCACCCCUCAUGUCCAGCGCGGCAAGCAGGCUUCUGUGGACCAGAUGACAGGAGCCGUGCCGUCAGUGGACCUGCUGUUUAACCUGGAUCGAGUUACUGCUGUGGAACGCCUACUCAAGUCAGUCUUGCUAUAUACUUUGAACACCUCAGUUUCUUUCCCCUCCGCUGCUAACUGUGUGUGCCACCUGGUGCUGAAAGAGCCAGCGCCUCGUUCCAGCAAGACACCCCCUAGAGCUCCACACUCCGUGACCUUUAAGUCACAGUUUGAAUUAAAAAAGAAAUACAAAUGGGUUGAGGUUGAUGUGACUGCCCUGCUGCAGCCUCUAGUGGCCUCCGACAAGAGAAGUGUUCACGUGUCUGUGACCUUUACAUGCGUGAAAGGCCAGCGGCAGCACCCCUCAGCGCAGGACAGUCGCCUCAACCUGGCACGCCCCUCACUCCUUCUGUACCUGAACGACACCAGUGCGCAGGCUCAUCACAGGUGGCAUUCCCUCCACUAUAAAGGGAGCCCUUCACAGGUUCCUGACCGGGGAGGUCUGCCUGCCUGUCCUAUAGGAGAAGAGGCUGCGGAGGGAGUGAGAUCUUCCCGUCACCGUCACCGGAGAGGACAGGAAACUGUCAGCUCAGGAUUGAAGAGGCCUCUGGUUCCAGCUUCUUUCAACCUGAGUGAAUACUUCAAACAGUUCCUUUUCCCCCAAAACGAGUGUGAGCUCCAUGACUUUAGACUUAGCUUUAGUCAGCUGAAGUGGGACAACUGGAUUGUGGCCCCGCACAGGUAUAACCCCCGGUACUGUAAAGGGGACUGUCCAAGGGCAGCUGGGCAUCGGUACGGCUCUCCAGUUCACACCAUGGUGCAGAACAUCAUCUACGAGAAGCAGCUUGACUCCUCGGUGCCAAGACCAUCGUGCGUGCCCGCCAAAUACAGCCCUUUGAGUGUGCUGACCAUUGAGCCUGAUGGCUCAAUAGCUUAUAAAGAAUAUGAAGAUAUGAUAGCCACUCAGUGCACCUGUCGUUAACAGAUGAUCUUCUAAACGAAAACCUUGAGCCUCUUUGGCAAAGUGAAUGCCCUGCGCCCAGCUGUGCCCUCAUGUGUCGAAUCUCUAAAUAUAAUGCAGUGUGUCUUGUAUAAGGAGGAGUCUGUGUAGAUUAGCACAUUCUGUGGUAUCUGUGAGUGUAAAGGGACAUCUGCCUUUUUUAUUCACAAAUGUAAAUGAGUGUAAUUAUUUUGGUGGGCUUUCCAUUUUUUCCCCCCUAAGCAGUUAUUUUUUUUCUCUCCAUAAGUCUUUUUUUUUAGUGUUAAAAACUUAAUGAGCAUUAAUUUUGAAUGGAAUUGCAGCUCUAAGUAGACAAUUCAGAGUGUUGUAGUCUUAUUUAAUGGAAGAAUAAAUUCCUGUCAGUGGCAUAAA